UUGUUUUUCACUGAACAUCGCUCACUGAACACUGAACAUUGUAAGCAGGCUCGAGAGGACUAUUUGUUUUGUCUUGAUAGGGAACUUGACCAAGGAAAAACAGAAGAGCAGGCAUCUCAGUCUUGUCGCGCCUCAUUUCGCACAUUUCAAAGUGCUUGUCCAGCUUCUUGGGUUGGACAUUUUAUAAGAAAACAUAGCUUUGAGCGGUAUAAGAGGGUUCUGGCCCAACAAGGUGUCAAUAUUGCAGAUGACAAUGCUCUUGGUGGUGGCAAGAAGGACUAG